AUGCCAGCAAACGGCAAGAGGAGUGCCUGGAUGAUCGCUGGCGGUGAUGAUGCUGGUGGUGAUGGUGAUGGCGAGGUGGUGGAAGCAGCCGCUGUGGACACUGACGAUGUGGAUGAGAGCAACAGAGGCGGGGACAGCACAGAUCCCGUUGCUGAUCGCAAAGAGCUGAGGGCGUGGUACGCAUUUGAUUGGGCCAACAGCGCAUACGCCACCGUUGUUGUGGGCGGGUACCUGCCGCUGCUGCUUCAAGCCUUGGCGCUUGAGCACGCAGGCUUCCCUGACAUGUGCCCAAACCUCAUCACCAACACCACAAUGAUUCUGCAGGCGUUUCCAAACAGCACAUCCCAGUUUGCAUACCUGGACUUUGUUCGAAAGGGCAUCUCCAGCUGCGCCGACACCGAACAAAGCUACAAAGCGCUCCUCAGCCCGACAAAAGCAACACAUGCACCAGCACCGCAGCAAGCGAAGAAGCAAGCCAGCAAGUAG